AUGACCACUGGACAUUUUUCGAUUUUUACGGCGGAAGCAAAUACUACUGCAGCAACAAGCAAUUAUUCGUUAUGGAAAGUGUUAACACUAAGUGGUGAAGAUGUUUCAUCGUUCUGGGAAAUGUUCCUUGGAAUUACUGUCUGGAUGGUCAUUUCAUAUGUAUUUGUUUAUAUUAUUGUUGCAUUGAUUUCAAUGAUUAUGUUACGAAAUCAUCCGUGGAUGUGUAUUUAUGCAACUUCUAUAAUUGGUAUGGCAAUAUUAGGCCCUGCAACCGUUGGUGCGCUAACAAGUGCUUCAAUAGCGCUGAUGUUUUCGUCGGCUGAUAAAGCAAUUAGUUGCUGGCAUUGCAUGAUACUUGGUUCAGCACAAACACUAGCCGUCAUAAUUAUCAGAUUGAAGUGUGUCAGAAAAGGUGUUACUCGAAAAAAUUUAUUUAUGCAUAACCGGAAGCUAAGUAAUGUUCCUAUUGUUAAGACAUCAGAGCGUAUGAUUUUGAGACAAAAAACUAAAUGUUAUCCGAAUUUUGUUCAGAAUGUGGCACAGUGCUUCCAUUACCAAGUACCGCUCCGAUUACCAUCACGUGUACGUACUGCCGGACCCAAUGGCAUAUCAAACGUCGCCAUUCAAAACAAACUGGUGUAUAAGUCCGAGAAAAUAUAUCAGAAACGUGUGAUGGAUGCCAAAGAAAGUGCGUUGGAAAAUCCUGUUGUGGAUAAAAUAUGUGAUAAAUGUGGCCAUGGGAAGAUGAGCUAUGCAUGUAGACAAACACGAUCUGCUGAUGAAGGGCAAACAGUAUUCUAUACGUGUUUGAAAUGCAAUUAUAAUAUGGUGGAAAAUGCAUGA